AUGGAUGUCCAGCCUACAAAUCUGCUGCAGCUGUGUGAUGUGUUCGAGAAGAUGUGGUCGUACAUGCGGAGUGCAGACCCAUCGGUCUUCGUCAAGAGCACUAGUGAAGGCGUGAUACGGGUCAGAAAGUCAAAAGGGAAAUACGCCUACCUGCUGGAGUCCUCCAUGAAUGAGUACAUCGAGCAGAGGAAGCCCUGUGACACCAUGAAAGUAGGAGGCAACCUGGACUCUAAAGGCUAUGGAGUGGCCACGCCUAAAGGAUCCCCCCUCAGAAACCCUGUUAACUUGGCAGUGUUAAAACUGAACGAGCAGGGCCUGUUGGACAAAUUGAAAAACAGAUGGUGGUAUGACAAGGGAGAGUGCGGCACCGGGGGAGGGGACUCCAAGGACAAAACUAGCGCGCUCAGUCUGAGCAAUGUAGCUGGAGUUUUCUACAUCCUGAUUGGUGGGCUGGGCCUGGCCAUGCUGGUGGCUCUGGUCGAGUUCUGCUACAAGUCUCGGAUUGAGUCAAGAAGGAUGAAGGAGCUUAUUGAUGCCGCCAUGAUGAGCACCAGCCUUGGCGGGAUAGCGGUGGCAGGAGGAGGAGCGGUUGCUGGUGGGUUAGGAGUUGGACCAUCAGGACUUGGAGGGGAGAAUGGCCGCGUGGUGGCCCACGAUUUCCCAAAAGCCGGAGCUCAGGGUUUACCCUGCAUGAGCAAAGCAGCCGGCCUGGGACUCUCCUCCACAGGCAUGUGAUCCUAGCCAAGACUCGUUAUUGGACAAGACGCUUCUAUCCAUCUACCUGUUUGUCAGUCUGUUGGUGAGGAGAGAAAUAGAAAGUACAAAGUAAAGAGAAAAAGGGAAGCAUAAAAGAAGAAUAAGGAUAAAAUGUCGGGUGGUGAGGGAAGUGAAAAAGGGGAGGAAGAACUAUAAAAAUGGAUGAAUGGGAAAAGUGUUGAAUUCAGAAGAGAAAAGAAAAAGAUUAAGAGGAAUUUGGCAGGAAGAAGGAGAAGUGUUCAUGUUCACCGUGAAUGACUGAAUACUGCAGAACUCUGAACAGAGAGCACCUGAACAAAACACCUGAGAGAAAUCAAGACAAGCAGCGGGGCUUAACAAACUAACUAAAUGAACUGGAAUUACUUUUUCUAUGAGCACUGUCUUAAACUGAAGCAGCAGAGGGGGUUGACCAGUGUUUUGGUUGGGGGGGAUAACUUUUUUAAACCUCUUCUUGACCUUCACUCCAGUCCCCUCCUCUUCCUUUGUGCUUCGUCACAUUCACACAGAACACCAUGUCCAGAUCAGAGAGGGCUCAGGAGUUUGAGCAUGAAG